GACAUUUUGCAUAAGCUACAUCAAAUUUGUAAAGAACACGAGCAUUGAUAAUUCUAACCGAAGUCGCUUGCUUUUAUCAUUGAAGUCAUUUAUUUCCCGUGAACGUCUGUAUCUUGUUGAGUGAUCGAAGCAUUUUUCGUUGGCAAAAUCUGGAGAGUGAAUGUCUCGUAAAUGAUUCUUUAAAUGCAGUGUUUGACCUGUUUACUCUAUGUUGCCUAAGAAGCGAAACAGAGAAGAGCACAGAAUGCGAGUAGCUGUGUUUACUUAGAUUUCUUCAAGAAGGAACCCCGAUCUUGAAUUUUUCUGUUGGAUUGUGGACAUAGCAGCGAGAUAACAGUUUUGGCUCGCUUGGAUGGCGAAUUCGAGGCCGUGCAUAUGCGGAAAAAGAGAAGAAAACAUAUGAACAAGCCGCUUUGCAGUAUUGAGAGCUAUUUUCGACGAGAUAUUGUUCUUAUUUGUGUUUUGAAAAGAACGUAAAUUUUGGCAAAGAUGAAACGCUACCAGAACUUAAAGACGCUCGGGGAUGGAACUUAUGGAUCAGUUGUGUUAGCAAGAAAUCAUGACACAGGAGAGACAGUUGCAAUUAAAAUGUAAGCUCAGAUUUUUCAUCCGUGCGUGGCCUUCAAUUCAUACUUACACGAUGGAGGAUUAUUGAAAUUUUUAACACUUUAGCACUUUGUUAAUUGGCUUCCGUAAAACCAAUUGUUGUUUUAAUUUUUCAGAAUGAAAAAGAAGUAUUAUUCAUGGGAAGAAUGUAUAAAUCUCCGCGAAGUUAAGGUAGGUUUAUCACUUUAUUAGGCUUUCUGGAUUUAAUUUGGAAAGAUAUGGACAUCUCAGUUUCAAAAGGAGUCACUUUGUUCCGUGAUAAACUGAGGAGGUUUAACCAUAUUUUUCUAGGUGUGAUAUUUAUUAUUAGACGUAUCAGGUAUAUUGUAUUUACUCGUUGGUGAACUGUGAAAUAAAAAUUCUCUAGCCUUUAGAAUGCACAGCCCAGCGCAAGGGAUAAUCUGUCAUAAUUAAGAGAUUAUCAUUUGCACCUAAAGAUUGUCUGAUAAAUUGCAUUUGCAUAUAGGUGUGUGUAGCCUACACAAUUCAUUGUUACCCAGUUCCCCUUAAAAUCAAUCGGAAAAGAUUUCUGUAUAACCCCAUGUCGUUCUAAAACAAAGAUAAUCUACUUUCCGCAUCAUUGUUUUUUUUAUCCAAGAACUGUAAGCAUAAUGAAGUAUGAGGCUGUGCAGAAAUUUUGUCUUCAAUUGUUCAGCCAAGGAAACAACCUUGAUCUGGUUGACUGACUUUUAAUUCUUGUUAAAAAGGAAAAGCAAGGGUGGCAAGGUCCAUGUGCUUUAUGCAAAGUUAGGUCGAAGAAGGAAGGAAUUUGUCAUUGUCUUAAAAACUACUAUUCUUGUGGUGACAUAAAUUUUUUGGAUUUUAUGCGGUGAAAUUAACAUGUUUGAUCUGAGCUGUAGAAAUAAAUAUAGUUUUUACUAGUAAUUUUAAUAUAUAUCUUGCUGUUUUUAAUACUUCACUGUAAGCAAAUGCAAUACUGAGGCAUUGAUUUCAAACUGGAGACUGUUAUUGCUAGUUAGACAUUGCUAAUAAAUUCAAUAUGCUUAGUGAAAACAUUAAUGCGCCAAAUUAUGUGGACAUUUUUAGUGAAUGGUAAUCAUUGUUAUACUUUUUUUUUCUAGUCACUAAAGAAAUUAAACCAUGCAAAUGUGGUGAAGCUGAAGGAAGUUAUAAGAGAAAAUGACCAGUUAUAUUUUGUUUUUGAGUACAUGAAAGAGAAUCUAUAUCAGAUGAUGAAAAGCAGGUAAAAAUAUAACUAUAAUGUGAAAAUUGACAUUAACCCUCCCCUCUAAGCAUUGAUCAAGACAUAAUUUCUCCCUAUAAUAUCCAUAUAAAAUCAGCAGACAAAUAAUGAGAAUAUAGAAAAAUAUCAAUUAUGAGAUUUUUGUUUGAUCUGAUAGUAAAUUCUCAGAGCUUAAAUUAUAAGCAUUGUAUGGCAGACAGUAUGGAGAAUUACUUAAGAGAUCUUGGAAGUGAAAGGGUUAAAUGGAGACCUACUCAUUGUGAUAUUUACUACAUUUUAAAGGUUUGCUGUUUCAAUUGUCAUUACAUUUUUUUUUUCAGGGAUAAAUUGAUUCCAGAAUCUAUGAUUAGGAAUAUCAUUUAUCAAGUUCUUCAAGGCCUUGCCUUCAUACACAAACAUGGUAAGAUGGGGUUAUUAAGGGUUGAGAGCUGAGAUGCUUUUUCUGUCUGAUGCAAAUUUUACAUCACUUGGAGAUGUACAAUGCAUAAGUGAUGUUAUAUAUCAAAGUUUUGUCUGAGCACUCUUUAGGUUCAGACUGAACAUAACAACUCAUUUGAAUUUCAAGGGUUAAAGAAACUUAACCAAAAUCUUUGGUAUUCAGAGUAAGUAUGAACCUUAACCCUUUACCUCCCAUGAGUGCCUAAAAUGGAAUUUCUCCUUGCAAUAUUAAUACAAUAUCAAGCAGACAACUGAAGAGAAUAAAGAAAAAUAUCAAUUAGGGGAUUGGUAGUUCAUGAUCCAAUACUAAAUUCUCCAAAAUUCACAUAAGAAUUAUAUGGCAGACAGUAUGGAGAAUUACUAAUUAGAUCUUGGGAGUUAAAGGGUUAAAUGUCUCUUUUAACCCUUUAACUCCCACAAAUGAUUGAAAUGUAAGUUCCCCCUUUAAUAUCUAUACAUUAUCCAGCAAAAAGACAAUGAGAAUAAUCGAGCUUAUCAGGGAGAAGUUUUUAUUUUCUUUGAGGACCAAAUUCUCAUAACCAAUUUAUAAGGAAAUGUGUUGCAGCUAGAGGUGAGAAUUAACAGUCAGACUUUAGGAGUUAAAGGGUGAAGAGAUGUGGAAAAUUUGUUUAAAUCAAGUCUAUUAUUUCCAUCAAGACUUAGUGAGAAAAUUGUAAUGAUUUACUCUUUUAACAUUAAAUCAAAUUUGCUAUUUAAAGAUAUAACAAACAAAAGCUAAAAAAAUUUUUGAGCUGUAUUUUAUUAAAUAAUCUAUAUAUUGCUUUGAAUUACACAGGAUUCUUUCAUCGAGACAUGAAACCUGAAAACUUGCUGUGUACUGGACCAGAGCUUGUGAAGAUUGCUGAUUUUGGCCUAGCAAGAGAAAUCAGAUCGCGUCCUCCUUACACAGAUUAUGUCUCUACAAGAUGGUAAGAGUUACAAUAGCUACAAACAGCAAAAUUUUUCUAAUACUAUUAAGUUGAUAAUGAUAUCGUUGAAGACUCAAAUUUCUUUUUCACUUUGGGUAGUAUUCUGAGACCUCUGUUAGGAAAGGUUAUUAUUCAGACAAAUAUCACUGGAUAAAAAUCCAUAUAUGAGGGCUGCAUGCAGUGGUGUAAACUGGGGCAGUAAAGGCUAAUCAGCCUUGAAUUGGGUUAGUCCAAACAGGAAAGAAUUGGCUCUCUGUCAAGACACAUGGACUUCAAUGCGUUCAGCUGGUACGUUAUGACCUUGAGCCAAAUAUUUUCCCAUCUGGCCCUCCCACUCAGUCAAUAAGUACACUGUAUAUAAUUAUCCAUCUUCAAUUUUCUAAUAUGUUGUAAGCACCUAAGUUCUAUUUUUUAUCUGACAGGUAUCGCGCACCUGAGGUGUUGCUACGCUCAACAAAUUACAGUUCACCAAUUGAUAUGUGGGCUGUGGGGUGUAUCAUGGCAGAGCUUUACACUCUGCGGCCUCUUUUUCCUGGCAGUAGUGAAGUUGAUGAGAUUUUCAAGAUAUGCAAAGUUCUUGGCACACCAUCAAAGGUUAGUUUUCACACACUUGUACAUUAGAUACUGUUGACAGCUUGACACUGUUGGCCCAACAAUAAUUGUGCCACUACUAGGCAAACAGAAGGCAAAUUUAAACAAAUAUACUUGUAGCUUACAGAAUUAUUUGUUAUGCCCAAAAUUUGUUGUUAGUGAUGCAUAUAAUGGCCACAUGCAUCCUGCUAGAGCAGGAAUAUUUAAGAGGCAGGCAAUUUCUUGCAUUGAUUAUACUUUAGCUUGUCUGCUAAAUAACUUUUUAUAUUUGUAAUGACCUCAUUGUAAGAAAAAUUAUAAUCAUUGUUAAUAAAAAGUCAUCAUAUUGUCAUUUUAUUGCCUUGUGUAUGUGAGGUGUUUGGCAUAUUUGUGAAAUAUAAAUUAACUACAGGAUAUUUAAGAUCUAGAGAGCAUGCUGUUGAAAUUUCAACAGGCAUGUCAGAAAUGCCUCCUUGCCAAAUAAAAUAUGUAAAUUAUUUGCAGAAUAUUGAAGAUCUAAAAAGCAUGCUGUUGAAAUUUCAACAGGCCUGUCAGAAAUGCCUCCUUGCCAAAUGAAAAAAUGUCAUGAUUUUUUAUGCUAUGUAGUCUACAUAGUUAUAUUUUAAGCCUGUUGGACAGUUUUCUCCCUUAUUUUAAGCAUGACAGGUAAAAUAAAUUUUCAAACCAGUAAAGCAAUCCUUUUACUCGUCAAAUUUUCAUGAAUUCCAUUCAGUUUUACACAGUAUUAAGAGGUACUACAGGCUGUAAAUGUUACCGGUUGCUGCCUGAAAAGGAGAACACCGCUUGGAGCAUCUCCCUGAUGAUGGAUAUGUGUCUAAAACAAUAAUUUAAAGUUUACUUUGGCUAGUAAUUGUUUCAGUUCUUAUGAUAAUAAUUUUUCUUAUAUUUUCUUAUAUUUUCUUCGUCAGGAAGACUGGCCAGAAGGUCACAAGCUGGCAGCAGCUAUGAAUUUCAAGUUUAUGCAAGUGGUUAGUUUAUUUUUUUAGCAUAAAUAGAAACUUCCGUGAUUUGGUGACUGGUAUCUGUUUAGUUGUAUAAGGAAGUUUCUUAACUUGUAUGGAGAAUGUUAUAGGCCACAUUAAAAAUUUUUUAACAAAAGGAAAAAUGUGCAUCAUCUCCCAUGUGCAUGUGACAAAAAGAUUUUUAUGGGUUCCCAUAAGAAUUGAAGUUCAUACCUUCUGAUUGUGUGGUAGAGAAAUUAUUGGUGGGUAACACCAUAUGAGAUUGUUUCCUAAAAUAAAAAGGGUGUCAAUGAACAAUGGUUACUAGCAGUCUACUAUCGCCUUUAAGACCCUUCACUGCUGUCUGUUAACCCUUUCAUUCCCAGUCAUGACCAAGACAGAAUUUCUCCUUACAAUACUAAUACAAUCUCACAUAGACAAGUGAUGAGAAGGUAGAAAAAUAUCAAAUAGUGGAUUAUCAUUUGAUUCAAUACCAAAUUCUCCAAACUAAAAUUAUAAGCAAUGUAUGGCAGACUGUAAGGAGAAUUACUAAGAGAUCUUGGAAGUGAAAGGGUUAAAUGGACUCUUAAGUAGGGUUAAGCCUGCGAGCAGGAUCUUGUGUCUGGAUCCUGCCUUAUGGCACAGCCAUCUUUUAGACUAUCAGCAGCCUUUUCUGAAAGAGGCUAUUGAUGCCAAACAUCCACAAAAUUUUGUUAACUUAGAUGCCAACAGCAUUAAAAGACUUGAUACCAAAUGCAAGCCCUGAAGCCAUUCAACUUAUGAGGGACAUGAUGAUGUGGGAUCCCAAGAAGCGACCUACAUGUGCGCAGGCUCUUAGAUACCCCUACUUUCAAGUUGGCCAGAACUUACCUAAGCCCUCCCAACCAACACAACCUCUUCAGCAAAGACAGCCACCCCAACCACAACCACAACAACAAGCACAACAACAAAGACAAGCACCACAAGUGGAAAGAAAGGAUUCAUUUAAUUUUGGAAGUGGUAAUGAGAACAAAAGGGCUGCUGUCAAUGUUCAAGGCCAUGCCAGUGGCUAUGGGAGUGCUCGGAAGAGAUGGGGAGAAGGGACUGGGGUGAAAGAUAGUGUUGAUGAGUUUGAAUCACUGCUCAGUGAGAUUGACACAAGUCAUGGAUCUGCUACGAAGAAGGUUGGUAAAAAUUAUUAUAUCUCAGUCCUAUAACUCCAAAGAUCUGAUUGUUAAUUCUCCCCUCUAGCUGUUACACAUUUCUUAGUAAAUUAGUUUAGAGAAUAUGGUGUCAGAUCAAGAUAACAACUUCUGCCUGAUAAGUUUGGGUAUUCUCAUCACCUGUUUGCUGGGAAGAGUAUGGAUGUUAUAGGAGGAAGUUGCAUGAAGAUUCACAUAUUUGCACUGCAGUGGAAAGAUGAAAUUAGGAGAUCCUCGCAGCUAAGAACACUACUGAACGAGUAGUUGUAAGAAUCUUCAUUCACUUGGAUGUUUAUUUGGACCCAAUUCAUUGACCAGCUCCCAGUUGGCUUGUUAGCUCAAUUGGUAGAGCGCUGCACCGGUAUCGCAGAGGUCAUGGGUUCAAAUCCCGUACGGGCCUGAAAUUUUUUCAGGUCCUACUUACAACUACUUGUUUCAGUAGUGUUCUUAGCUGCGAGGAUCUCCUAAUUUCAGGAAGUUACAUGUUAAUCACCUCUGGGAGUUAAGGGGUUAAGGGUUUAUAGUCUGCAUGUGCGACUGUGAAAUUGAAAGGUGUAAGCCCAGUUUUUAAGGUCAGAACAGGGUUUUGUCGUCAAUAUAUGUAAGCUUGGCAAAAUGAAUAGCUCAUUUUACAGUUGUGUAUUCAGUAGCCAAACCUUUGACUUGUAGUGAGGCUGAGGGUGACCUUGUUGUGAUAGAGACCAGUAUCUAGUCAGUAUGAUAACAAAGUAAUUUAUAUUUGAAAAGCAGAAACGUUUGUAUCAUAACAAGGUCACCCUUAGCCUCACUCCUGUUCAAAGGCUUGGCAACCAAGCAUGCAACUGUGAAAUGGACCAUUGUUUCUUUACUCUGCAGCAGGUCUGGAAUUGAUUGGGUUAGCUAACUUUGAAAUGUUUUGUGAGGAGAGAUUAAAAAAUAUUGUAUUGCAUCUGAGAACCAGUCCAGGGAAGAGGUUGGCUGUGAUGAGGCUAAUGAUGACCCAAAUUGGAACAUCUGUCAUGAAAUUAACUUAGUAUACAUACAUCAUAUGUAUUUAGGGAGAAUUCUUUUCGAUUUAGUCAAUUUUAGGCGGUACUAAACGUAUGAAAUCGAGUUAUGACUAGACCCUGUGAGCAGGGUAACUGGGAUACCUGGAUGGUACUGGAUUGUUGGGAUCAAGUGUAGUGAUACUACGGGUGUUGAACUAAUGUACUAAAUCACAUUGAACUGAGUUUCUAUGGACUUGCUUAUUAGCUUGGAUUUGUGAUAUGAUCUUAUCUUUGUCUGCAGGAUCCAGUGUUUUAUACCAUUCUGCUCUACCACACAAAAGUUUUUCUUUUUCUUCAGGAUUCAAUGACUUAUACCAUUCUGCUCUUUUUUGUUUUUGUGCAAAAUUUAGCAAAAUAAACCAUUGUGCUCUCUUACGUUUUUGUACACAAAAAAACACAGGAUUUGGAUCAUGUGUUUAUUAAAAAAGAAUAUCCAUACAACUACAAUGAAAACAAACAUAAGAUUCACCUUUCCUAUCGUGAAAUUAAUACCAUUGGUAUUGUUAUCGUAGCUACGUUCCUUAGCAUCAAGUGAAUCCAACUUGGCGUCUUUCUUCACAAGUAAUUUGCAUCCAAUAGAGUUUUGUUCUUCAGUCUCACGGUAGUGGUGUUGUUCAAUAGAUUGCAUAGAGUAUAUGCAGUGUGGUUUCAGAUUUAAGAUUUUGCUUUUUUCAACAAGUGUGUGUUAUUCUACUAAGAUAUUGGCAUACUUAGCAUACAAGGCUUUCCUGACUUUCAAGCGUUCGCGUUUCAAUCCGUUCCAAAAAUACCGCACAAUAACAUUUUUUAGUGUGGAUUGGCCUUGAACAAUACGACUUGUGUGUGCGUCUGUAAGUAUUUUGAGCGUUUGCACCAUAAAGCUCCAGGUAAUCGUAAACUAAAAACGUUGCACCUCCAUCACCAAAACAACAAUCCCAGAACAAAUUAAAAGUGGCUGACAUAAGAGUUUUAUAGACAAAAAUCUCGUGUUUCGUCGUGUGACCCGGUCCUGUCCGUGCAUGACAACGUCAAUCAUCAUCAAGAUAACAGUUAGUUGUCAUGGUGUUAAGGGCCCAAUGACUACUGGGUACUAUUACGCAAUUUUUCUAUUUUGUGGCGGAGGAAAAAAAAAAGACGACUAAAAAACAAAGGCGUUUUAUGACACAGGUAUCCCAGUAAUAAUGUCAAUGUCUUUACUUUGCUCUUGUAGGUAGCUGUUCAAAAGACAGACCCCCUUGACUCCUUUUCCAGGUCAGUUCUUCAUAUGUUUGUCGAAAUUUGUAACUUCAUUGAACGCCUCUUUGCCUACGUGAGAAAGUUCGCGCUUCAGUGCUAGCCUGCGGAGUUAAGCCUCUGGAAACAUUUGCGCAAUAAUAGUGUAAUUAAGCCCGCGUUAAACUUGGCCUUCCGUUUCUUCUUUUUCCCUCUUUGAACAAUACAGCGGUCAAACGUUGGGCAUGCGCAAAUGGGUCGAUUUUGGCCGGACGCGCACCAAAUCUUAAAGGAAACAUAAGAAAAUUAACAGACUUAAAUUUUGCAACAAUUAGAAAAAAAAUUAUAGACGAGGUAUCGAAAGGUUUUAGAAAAAAUUCUAACUUUUCUCUCUCAAAUUUCUCAUUUCUCAGUGUCCGGAAGGAUUCGGGUGUCGCUAAGAAGACCCCUCCCAGUGCAAAACAACAUUACAUGAAACAGGCCAGAUAUUUUCCUGGUCAAACAACAACCAAUCAGCCCCGGGUGCUUCAUAAUCCGGCGGCAUCCACGUAUCCAAGGAAACCUUCCUACGGAAUGACGGGGAAUGCCGUAGGAGGUACUACAUAUGUUCCAUCCUUUGCCGGGGGUGGACAAACCAGAGCUGGAGGUGUAGGAGGUAAGUAAUUUUCUCAGCCUUUAUGCAGCCGAUCCCGCCCUCAAAUUGGGAGGUCUGUGACUUUUUCUUUGAGGGGAGGUGGUGGCUUUACAUAGGAUAUAAUCUCCCGGAAAAUCUCCAAUAGGGGCGUAUUCAUGUAUAUUAAUGAUUAUUGAUCGAGUUUUUUACCUAUGUUUUUUUUAACUCGUAUUUUUAUUCUCAUUCGUUUCUUUGCAGUUUUCAGUGCUUCUACGUGGAAGCCACCACCGCUGACCAAGCAAGGAAGUGGCACAUCUAUUUACCAGCCUCCCGGGGCUACGACAACCAAUCGAACCCAGCCCGCCCGCUACGGCGGAGUGCACAAUCGAACAAACUGGAGUGUAAAGUGA